UGCUUCCCUGGUGGGAGGGACUAGUCGCAGGGAAACGACGCAAGUGAGGGACGCAAGGGAUCCAUUUAACCGAAGUGAAACGCAGCCAAUAUCAAAGUUUCCAGUUUAUUUUAGAGUUUCUUUCUCUGCUUGGGAACAACCUACCAUACUUCCGCGUGGAGUCGCAGCUUUUCUGACAUCUGACUCUCUGAAAAAAUGCGGGACCGGACUAAAGAGUUAGGAAAUAAGGCAGAGGCUUCAGAUGAGGACGAGGAGGAGGAGGAGAACGAUGCAUUCUUUAAAAAGGUUCAAGAAAUUCACGAGGGGCUGAACAGCCUCAAACAGAUGGUGUCUAACCUGGAGAACAAACAGAAAGCUCUGCUGGCCGACCCGCUGUCGGACGACAGUAUGAAGAGAAAGCUGCAGACUCUUCGAGAGGAGAUCAAAACGUUGGCGGGUCACAUUCAGAGAAAACUGAAGAGUAUUGAACCGAAGAAAGGAGAGGAGGAUGGAAAAUAUGUACCCAUAAACUCCCGGAUGCAACGGACCCAGCACGGAGUCCUGUCCAGGGAGUUUGUGGAGCUGAUGGGUUACUGUAACACCAUCCAGGCGCAGUACAGGGACUGCCAGGUGAAUAGGGUACGCCGGCAGCUGAAAAUCACUGGGAAGGACAUGACAGAUGAAGAGCUGGACGUGAUGCUCGAGAGCGGGCAGACGAUUGUUUUCCCUCAAAAUAUCCUGAGCGAUGCUAUAGCCACGAAACAGGCUCUGAAUGAGAUCGAGUCCCGGCACGACGAGAUCCUGAAGCAGGAGCAGAGCAUCAGAGAGCGGCACGACAUGUUCCAGUACCUGGCCAUGGAGGUGGAGGCUCAGGAGGAGAUGGUGAACCAGGUUGAGAACAACAUUAAACAGUCGACGGACUACGUGGUGAGAGCCAAGGAAAACACGGAGAAAGCAGUCACAUAUCAGCAGAAAUCACGCAAGAAAAAGCUCUGCAUAGCGAUCUGUUUGGCUAUCCUCAUCCUCAUCCUAGUCAUCUCAUUGGUCUCCGCCUUCGGCACCUAACACCAGGCAGUUGGCUGUAGACUGGUUUAGCAGAAGCACAUCAGACGAAAAAGAAUCCGGCUGGAUUUAUUCCGUUGUCAAUCUCGCCUGCAUUUCCACUUCAACUCAAGAGGCAGUGCUGCUGGUCUAAUGGAAAUCCCCCCCCUUCAGAAUCUGCGACACAAACACCAGGACGAUUUGUGAGCUGUUAUGUCAGUGCCUCUUCCCCUCUUUCAUAAAAAAGAGGAAAUGUGGCCUUGAGCAAAGCACAAUGCAGUGUUGAAACCCCGCACUGUACUCAGGAAACUGUGCGUUGAUUCUUGUUACGACAUUUCUGGAUGAAUCGGGAGUAAAUAACAGUUUUAAUAGACUAAUAUAAUUGUACAUAACAUAUAAUGCUGGUGAAUUACAUUCUUUGCGAGAUGAUUUACGGGUUUUUUUUUUCUCAUUGUGUUUUGUCUUAUGUGAUUGUCAUAUUUGAGCAAUCAGAUUAAUAAAGGUGCAUCUUAUCUUUUA